CUUCCAUUCGCUUCCACAGUAUGGCCGGCGACAUUAGCUAGCGCUCGCUCUAUGCUUUUCUCUGUAACAGGGGAACACACGGAAUACAAGGAACCGAACCGCAUCGCCUGCACGCCUGCCUACUCCGCACUUCUUUCCUUCCACCUCCCUCCUUCCCCUACCCCAAAAGGACUCUGUAACAACCCACCACCUGUUCCACAACCGCUGUCUGGUAUAUAUAUUUCUCUUAUAGACUAAUAUAAGAUUACUACCCCGUCAAAGGUAAAACCUGUUUGGGACGGGCUGAGACCCCCGUGAAAGCGCCGCGGCCCCGAGCAGCAGCAGCCGUAAUACCAGCCUUGGGCGGUGUGUUAGGUGAAGAGGAGGGCGGCGGCGGCGGCAGCAGUUUGAUCGGGGGUGUCUGUCGUUUAAUUUCUGUGGUUGUUGGUUUUUGCGGAGUUGUCUCACCAUGAUGGAGGAGAACAGUGCACACUUCUUCGAAGGGACUGAGAAGCUACUGGAGGUGUGGUUCGCCUGGCAACAACCCUCGCCGCAGGAGCCGCACCAAAGCAAGGGGUCUGGCGAUCUCCGCACCAUUCCCAGGUUUGAGUGGGACAAACUUUUGGAGAAUGUGCAUUGUUUGAUCAUAAGUGUGACAAAAACUGACAAGCAGGAAGCUUAUGUACUCAGUGAGAGUAGCAUGUUUGUCUCCAAGAGACGUUUCAUUUUGAAGACAUGUGGUACCACCCUCUUACUGCAGGCACUGGUUCCCCUGUUGGAGCUUGCUAGAGAGUACUGUGGGUUUGACUCAAUUCAGAGCUUCUUUUAUUCACGUAAGAAUUUCAUGAAGCCUUCCCACCAAGAGUACCCACAUAGGAAUUUCCAGGAAGAAGUAGAGUUCCUUAAUGAAAUAUUUCCAAAUGGAGCAGCUUAUUGCAUGGGCCGUAUGAACUCUGACUGUUGGUACUUGUACACUCUGGAUUUUCCAGAGAGUCGGGUAAUCAGUCAGCCAGAUCAAACAUUGGAAAUUCUGAUGAGCGAGCUCGAUCCAGUAGUUAUGGACCAGUUCUACAUGAAAGAUGGUGUUACUGCAAAUGAUGUCACUCGUGUGAGUGGAAUUCGUGACCUGAUACCAGGUUCUGUCAUUGAUGCUACAAUGUUCAAUCCUUGUGGAUAUUCAAUGAAUGGGAUGAAAACAGAUGGAACUUAUUGGACUAUUCACAUCACUCCAGAACCAGAGUUCUCAUAUGUUAGUUUUGAAACCAACAUAAGUCAGACAUCCUAUGAUGACUUAAUUAGGAAGGUCAUAGACAUUUUUAAGCCAGGAAAAUUUGUGACAACCCUCUUUGUUAAUCAGAGCUCGAAAUGUCGCACAGUGUUUUCUUCAUCCCAGAAGAUUGAAGGUUUUAAGCGUCUAGAUCGUCAGAUUGCUCAGUUUAAUGACUACAACUUCGUGUUUACCAGUUUUGCCAAGAAUAAACAGCAGAGUUGAUUAAGAAAAAUGAAGAAAAAGCGCAAAAAGAUACCCAAUAGAGGAGGUGGUGGUUGCUUUCUAGUUAAUGAUACAAGGGGCCAUAUUUUUCAUAUCCACCUCGUAGUUGCAGAAAGCCCUAAAUGUAAUCAUAGUAUAAUUUUCAAUUGUAUGCAUUAUAAUAUCAAAAAAUUAGAUAUAUUGCAUGAAUGCUCUCUACUGUGUUUAGGUAUUCUAUUUCACUUUUGCUGUGAAAUUGAAAUGCAUGUAGAAAAAUCUUACUGUAUGAGACUCUACAACAUUUGUAAAAAUUCUAAUAGGAUUACAUGCAGUAUAGUUUUUCUCAAUGUAUCACCAAAAAUUCCCCACAGACAAGGAUUUCGUCCUCAUUAGGUUUUCCCCAGGACCUACUUAUAUGGAGCAGUUAGUUGUUGCCUAACUUUUUUCGUAUGUAUGCUAUAACUUAAAUUUUAAAUAAUUCUUGAAUUUGAGUGAUUUCUAAUCAAUUCUUAUUUUGUAACUCUUCAAUGGCAGAUUCAAACUUUUUGCAGUUUUGAAAUAUUGAGACUGGUAGAACAAGACUACUUACACACGGCGGACUACUUCACUUUUUAAAAUUUGAGGCUAGUUAAAAAAAUUAUCACUUUACAUCUGUGUACAUUUUUCAGAACCAAUUGAAACAAUAUGCUGGGGGUUAGUUUUUUACCUCUGGAAAUGUGUUUGCUUGUUGGUCACAAGUUGUUUUGAUUGCCUUUUUUAAAUUUAGACCAAAACCAUUCCUGUCCUGUUGUAUAUUGGUCUUUUGUUCAAAGGCAACCCAUAGCAACUGGUAGAAGUUAUAAGUGUACUUACACAAUUGUGACAGUAUGGACUAAGCUGGCUCUAGGUCUUUCACAAGCUUCUGAUACAGUUGCAGGAUUUAGGAAUCUAAUUUGGAGCUUGGUACUUACUGGUAACUUGGCAGGGAGAUCUUAUUACACAAUGGAAUACGAUUCAAAACUACUGCACAAAUUGUUAGUUACCAUUUACUGUGAAAGAUGGUGGCUCAAUUGUUUCAUAUUCAAACACCACAAAUCCUUCCACGCUGUGACUGACGUCCUGUGGCAUCAUUGUGCAUGUGAUAUUUAAGCUGACCUUAAUAAUAUUGUGACUUCAUCUGUGUUUCUUAAUUAACGUGUGGUUCCUUUUUACAUAAUGUGGAAGGCACUGAGUGAUUGGCUGUAGGAGGUAAAAUACAGGGAGCCUAGACACUCACGUACAGCACUGUAUGCGCAACAUUCAAUAACAGUUUAGGCAUUGAAAUACCACUUCAUGGGUAUAAGAUACAAGCUUCUGAGAUGGUAUGGAAAUGCUGUGGGAUUUCAGCUGCUGAGACCAGCAAGUCUGUUACAAAUUUUUGACCCUUUCAUCCUUGCUGUGUUUUUUGAUUAUCUGAAUAUGACAAUAUUUUGUUCCUUCUGUAUUUAUAAAUGAAACACUUUUUUAGUGUUUCUAGGCUAUUAAAUCUGCUUGGUUGGAAAUCAAGCAGUUGAACACCUUUUUAUUUUUAAAUAGAUUUUUUUUCUACCAAAAUUAUCAAUUUUGCUUAUAAGUAGCACCUAACAGUUCAGGGUGCUUUAGAUUCUGAGGACCAAUUUUUCAAAUGGCUUUUGUUCUUGAAAGAGUGCCCCAGGUUGGCUUGAGGUCUACUAGGCUGAAGAUCCCUUUGAGUAAUACUGAAAAUGCAGAUUCAGGUAAAAAAUAAGCCUUGGAUCGAAAGAAAGCAGUUAAUUGGGUAUUUGUAAACACUAGGGUGAACAAUAGAGGGGUGAUGUUUGUUGUUAAAACUUCUCUCUUGUGGUGUUAGACAUGGAUCAUUAAAAUGUACAAAAAUAUAUCUGUACCAGAAAUUGUAAUGCUUCAAUAAAGGUUUGCUUUUUAAGCUCUUUCAA